AUGACAACAUUGACUCCAGCUCAGCAAAACGAAUUUGAGUCUCAAUUUGUAAAUCUUGUUCUCUCAUUUUCCAAGUCAGUUUCCCUUUCCGCUGAGAGAACAUUUAUUCAAGUUCUCCCACUCACUGUUCAUUCCGCAGCGUCGUAUCUUGCCGCAUCAGAAAAAGCGCUUAGAGAUCGUCUUGAUAAGACAAAAGAUGUUUCAAAUCAGUUGUUCGAUUGCCUCAAACUUACAGAUGAAAAAAUUCCCAAACAGCAAGAGGAGAAGUUCCCACCAAUCAACGAGAUAAUUGGUAAAAGGGUUUCACGAGGCCGUGAUUGGAAAUGGGACGAGCAGGAUGGUGGUAAAGGGCACGUCGGAAAAGUUGUGUCGGUGAAAGGAAAUGGUUGGGUCAAAGUUUUGUGGAAUCCAGACGGUCAGCCAAAUAGAUAUAGGUGGGGUGUUGAUGGAAUGUACGACUUAAGACUUGUAGACACCACAGAAUCAGGUGAAAUGUUGACCAUGGAACAACAGACAAAAAAGGAAGCGUCAUGGACUGUUGGCAAAGUGGUUAAGAGGGGACGUGACUGGAAAUGGGAGAACCAAGAUGGAGGAGAAGGAAAUACUGGCAUUGUCAUUGAUGUGGCUGACGACGGAUGGGUCGAAGUGAAGUGGAAGAAUGGAGAAAUUGCACAGUACAGAUGGGGCGACGAAGGCAAAUUUGACCUUGAAGUUGUCACUAAUUGA